AUGAAUGCUGAUAUUAGACGACUUAUUACGAAAUUUCAUUUGCUGAAAGAUAAAAAUGGUUUGGGAAUCCAUAUCGCUGGAGGCAAGGGGUCUAAGAAGGGGGACAUUGGGAUCUUUGUGGCUGGAAUUACAGAAGGAGGUGCUGCUCACAGGGACGGACGCUUAAAACGAGGUGAUGAGCUACUCAUGAUCAAUGGGGCCAGUUUGAUUGGCCUUACCCACCAAGAGGCAGUUAAUGUAUUAAGAAAUACUUCCCAGGUUGUGCAAUUGGUUGUGGCCUCAAAGCUCCGUAAAUCUGCUUCUAUAGCAUCUACCGCAUCAUCAGCGAUGUCUUAUACGUCAUAUGACGGUCAUGAUGGAUCCACCAUAUCUGUAGCCCCCCUACCUGAAGUGGUGGCCCAGACACCAUCUGGAAGUGUCAUGAAGUGGGAUGAAUUAUUUGAGAAAUUCAACAAGACUGGCUUGGAUACUUAUUACUCAGGUCAUACAAUGAAGUUUGGACCCCCUCAGACAAUUGUGGUCAAUAAGGGGGCUCGUGGAAAGGGGCUGCGCUUCAGUAUUGUAGGUGGAAAAGAGAAGAAUAUGGGGAUAUAUGUUAGGCGUAUACUUCCAGAUGGAUUAAUAGCAGAGGACGGUAGACUCCGGGAGGGGGAUGAAAUACUCGAAUUAAAUCGAGAACCCUUGAAAGGUCUUUCGCAUCAUGAUGUAAUUGCAAAAUUUCGGCAGCUUGGUAAGGGGCCAGUGAGCAUCACUUUUCGUUGUAGAAUUUUUACUCCGUCCAGCAGCUCCGGUGGUAAAACUCCGACCGGUUCGCCAUAUGAAUCUCCUGAGGGAAGUCCCGUGUCGACCCCACGGCACACCCCUCAGAACAGUGUCACAGACCUAGAAAGUCUGGGUCUGUCAAACGGCCAGUCGUCGCCAAGUGCUACCCCAAUGCCAGCUGGUUGUCGCCCGUGUUACUCGGCAGUUAGUACAACUGAGAGGAAACACUUGCAUCCUUCUCGUGGCACCUUGCUGCUUGCAUCAUCAUCUUCAUCGACCUCAUCUCUCCGUGGAACCCCAAUCCCAGUCAUUCACCAGCAAAAUAUAGAAGACACUUCUCAAAUGGACAGUUCAGUCACACAUUACCCUGUAUCAAAUAUAUUAGAAAUUGUUCUGCAAAAACCGGCUGCUCGAAGUCUUGGAUUUGGAAUUGCUCGUUGUAAUGGCACAAACUGCAUCCUUGUAAAUGACAUUAGCAAAGGAUCUCCUGCUCAUAUUGAUGGACGCUUACGGAAAGGUGAUAUUUUACUUGAGAUUAAUGGGAAAAGUACAGCUGGUUUGAAUUUGUUAGAUGUCUACCAGUUGUUACAGAUGGUCCAAUCAGGGAGUGUAUCCAUUGUUGUACAAAGGCCACAGACUUAUAUGGCUGGUGAAUAUCACCCGACGAAUGGCCCGGUUCCAAUGUCUGGAUCAUCAACAAUGAAAGUCAGUGGGAACAAGGAAGCCAGCCAACACCGACAGCUGCGACAGUCGACGUCAGCUAGUGCACUUCAGGAAAAAACACGCACUAAAGUUGCAACUUUCUUUUAA